AGGAACUCGCAAUUAACGCGUUUUGUCUUAUCAUCAUCAUUAGGGAGGAGCAGUAUGACGACGUCGUCAUGAGAGGCGCGCGACAAUUCUUUGGAAGCACUUGACUGACAGAUCACGCCAAAAUAAAUUCUGGGCUCAUUUGUUUCUGCGGAUUGGCAUUUAUAGUGCUUUGGGAUGCAUUUGGGAUUUUUUUGAGGCAGCAUCCGUUUCCGAGUAGAGCUAUGUAGUUUCCACUCAUAUGCCGUUUAUAAUUAGUUGAAGGUUCUUUGCAUCCAGCUCAACUGCACCCGUAUUGCACUCCCUGCAUUACAUUGUUUUGGCUUUGGAGUUGGAGUAAGUAUGGGAUUGCCUGCUCUAGAGUUCAGCGACUGUUAUUUGGACAGCCCGCAAUUUCGAGAGAGGCUCAAGUCUCAUGAACUGGAGCUGGAGAAGACCAACAAGUUCAUCAAGGAGCUUAUUAAGGAUGGGAAAGCUUUAAUUCAAGCACUCAAAAAUUUGUCCACUGCAAAGAGAAAGUUUGCAGAGUCACUGAACGAGUUUAAAUUCCAGUGCAUUGGCGAUGCAGAAACAGAUGAUGAGAUAUGCAUUGCCAAAUCCCUGCAGGAGUUUGCUGGAGUCUUACAGAACCUGGAAGAUGAGAGAACACGGAUGAUUGAAAAUGCCAAUGAUGUGUUGAUUUUGCCCCUGGAGCGCUUCAGGAAGGAGCAGAUUGGAGCUGCUAAGGAGGCAAAAAAGAAGUAUGAUAAAGAGACAGAGAAGUAUAGUACAGUGUUGGAGAAGCAUCUGAGUCUGUCCGCCAAGAAGAAGGAAGCACACCUUCAUGAAGCCGAUAACCAGGUGGAUCACGUGAGGCAGCACUUCUACGAGGUCUCGCUGGAGUAUGUCUUCAAAGUGCAGGAAGCUCAGGAGAGGAAGAUGUUUGAGUUUGUGGAACCGUUGUUGGCGUUUCUACAGGGUCUGUUUACAUAUUAUCAUCAUGGGUACGAACUGGCCAAAGACUUUAACCAUUUCAAGACAGACCUCACAAUCAGCAUUCAAAACACGCGGAACCGAUUCGAGAGCACACGAUCAGAGGUGGAAUGUUUGAUGAAGAAGAUGAAGGAAAACCCGCACGAGCACAAGAGCAUCAGCCCACACACCAUGGAGGGAUAUCUGUUUGUGCAGGAGAAACGUUCUUUUGUUUCCACAUGGGUGAAGUACUACUGCAUCUACUACCGAGAGCCCAAACGUAUGACUAUGCUGCUCUUCGGGGGGAAAAAUGUAGAAGAAGAAAGCUUCACACUCAAAUCCUGUACCAGACGGAAAACAGACUCUAUUGAGAAGAGGUUCUGCUUUGACAUUGAAUCUGUAGACCGGCCUGGCGUGAUCACUAUGCAAGCUCUAUCGGAGGAAGACCGCAGACUGUGGAUGGAAGCCAUGGAUGGAAGAGAACCGGUUUACACAUUGAACCGUGACAGCCAGAAUGAAGCCAUGGCCCAAUUGGAUGUCAUAGGCUUCAACGUGAUCAAAAAAUUCAUCUAUGCCGUUGAAACAAGAGGUAUUGAUGAGCAGGGGCUGUAUAGGCUUGUUGGUGUGAACUCUAGAGUGCAGAAACUACUGAGCCUGGCAAUGGACCCCAAAACCUGUGCAGAUGUGGAGCUGGACAGCACAGAGUGGGAGAUUAAAACCAUCACCAGUGGGAUAAAGCACUACCUCAGGAUGUUGCCAGGUCCUCUGAUGACCUACCAGUACCAGAGAAGCUUCAUCAAAGCAGCCAAACUGGACAAUCCCGAGGCAAGGGUGGCAGAGAUCCACUCCAUUGUGCAUCGUCUCCCAGAGAAGAACCGGCAGAUGCUAGAACUUCUAAUGAAACACUUGGCUAAAGUGGCCAGUCACCACCUGCAGAAUCUCAUGACGGUAGCUAACCUCGGAGUCGUGUUCGGCCCAACGCUGUUGAGACCCCAGGAGGAGACAGUGGCCGCCAUCAUGGACAUCAAGUUCCAGAACAUCGUCGUAGAAAUCCUCAUCGAAAAUCAUGAACGGAUCUUCAAAGACGUGCCGGUUUCUGGAGGAGGACAGGGCAACAUCCAGCUCAACCUGCCCAGGAGGAGGAGUGCAGACAGCAAGGCCCCAUCCUGCAGCGAGAGACCCCUCACGCUCUUCAACACCCCCACAUUCACAGAGAAAGACAGAGCAGUGGAGAAAAGAAACAGUUUGGCUGUGAACUCCAGUGCAGAUCUGUCAUCAGUCAACUGUAACAGUACACACGACUCCACUCGACUCAACAGCCUGUCCACUGCAGACGGAGACCAAGAUGGGCUUCUUCCCAGACAGAGUCGGCCUAAUUCACUUCAAAAUACAAAGGUCCGCAGCACUAUGUCGACAAGCCCCACCUCACCACGCUCCCCCUCCUGGCCGAUGUUCUCCGCCCCCUCCAGUCCUCAGCAGGCCUUGUCCACUUCCAGCGAGUCCUCCCCCAUCAGCCCUCAACUACGAAAAGCACGUGCACUGUACGCCUGUAAGGCUGAACAUGACUCAGAGCUGUCCUUUAUCGCCGGGACCAUAUUCGAGAACGUUCAUCGGUCAAGGGAACCAGGAUGGCUGGAGGGCACCUUGGAUGGGAAGACGGGGUUAAUCCCGGAGAACUAUGUGGAGUUUUUCUAGCUUUGGGACUGGAAGAGACAUGCUUUUGAUUGGAGUAAAUGAAAGGGGCGAGGCAGAGACACAAACUUCAAGAGAAACAGAGUUAGUACACCAGAACGUGUUGGUGUGAUAGUUCAGGUUACUGAUGCUUUUCAAUUAAAGUUCAACCUAAGAUAAAAGGGAAAAAUAAACCCUGGGACCAAGUUUAUGCUGCUGCCUCGACCAAAUGUACAUUUGUUUAAAAAUUCAGUUAGUUAAAAAAAAAAAAGGGGGGUUGCCCAUUAUGGAUUUAGAUUUUUUUUUUUUAAUACCAAUGCCUGUGAGCACUUGCCAUGAUGUUAAAUGUGUGCUGUCUCUAUGCAGUCUGGGGCUUUUUUAAAUGUCUUAUCCGUUUUUCAGAUUGUCGUAUCUGUUUUUAGAACUACUAAGAGGGAACUGUUUAUUUUGGAAAUUUACAGUUCCCGUUGUGGGAAAAUCCCUUGCACUCUUUUGUAUUUCAGGAAGCAAUUUUACAAAUAUUUAGAAUUUCCUUUUUUCUCUCUCUCUCUCUCUCUCUCUUAGCAUGUAAGUAAAAAAAGUGUCAAAUAUUUUUUUCAUGUGAAUUAACAUCAUAUGUAACACUCUUAUUUAUGAUGCAUUAUCUCUGAUGAGAUUUGCUUACUUUUGGAGUGCAUUAACAUCGUAAAUAAGUGACAAUUGUUAAGAUAUAAUUUUUUUUGUAAAAUGUGAAUUAUACUUUUAUUGUAGCAUACUAACUUAAUUUUUGACAUCCAAUUUA